ACCAAUCACCAUCAGUUUCAACUUGUGCUCUUAUUUUUUCGAGUGUUGAAGAGGCAUAAAAAUGGCUCUUGACCUCAAUGAUCUGCGCUUAGGCACAACGCGCGGCACUUCAUUGGAGAAGUCACAGAGCUGAGGCAUCCUCCAACGCCAACGCUAAACCUGUCAAGGAGAAGGCUCGUAUUGCGACGAAGAUCAUACGCCAACAAUGAACAAACCUCAAGAAGCAUCAUGAGCGGCGUCCUUGUUGACAGAACAUUUAUAAAGAGUGAUGGCAUCGCUGUGGCCCAUUAUUCACAGACCUCUCAUCCUGAUAUGGAACCACUUCAUUUUCGAACAUUACUAUGGGCAACAACCAAUCGCAGUAUAAAUUCUCACAAUGUUUGAGAUAAAACCUACGAAAAGGCCCUCUGAACACAAUUCGGAGGUCCCACCUAGCAAGUCCCCAACUAAAUAUCUCCAACUGUAUACCCGCCUGUACCCUGGCCACAAGGCUCUGCUCGCCCCUUCAGAUACGGAACCUGCCCAGUAUUUUGUGGUCAACAAAGUCCCUCACAAACAUGCCAGCCAAUGGGUCCCGGUCUUCUGCAGGGGGGACAACCCCAAAUAUACCCCUGAGACGACCGUCAUCGGACGUGCCAGGCGUACUGCCAUGUGGACCUCCUUCAAAGUUUGGCUAGGGGACGGUGUCAGCGAAAUUCUCAAGAACAAGGACCGACGCAGAAAAGCAAAGAGCUAUGCACGUAAGGAGAAAUUGCGCAAGUUCUUUUGUCGAGGAUCAAAGCCGCCAAAGGAGCCGCUGAAGGAUGAGGAGCCGGUGUCUGGGAAGGUGAUAUUGGUGCGUAUGCAUCGGUCGGGAUUAUCGCGGAAGGUCGAGUUUGAGAUCGAAGGGACACGGUAUAGAUGGUCCGGUACACGGAGAUUUGCCACGGGCUUCAUGAAAGGAGUCAAGGGUUGGUCUCAUUGCUUGAAGCUCAUCCGUACCUCCGACCACGCCCUAAUUGCAACAUUUGAAAAGCGCCGUUCAGCACACUACCACCGCUCAAUCAAAACCGGACAGCCACCAAAUAAGAAGAAACUGUUCAUUGGGGCACUUCGUGUUUAUGAAGAGGCUUAUGAACUGCCAAUUGGUGACAAUAAUGGUGUUGGAGGAUCCUCAGUGGCUGCUUUUACGCGCAGAGUGGAUGCACUCGCCAGCAACCCGCACAGUCGCGCGAAGGAUGAGAAGGAUCUCAACCCCGAUGGACCACAUGUGGGGAAUCUCACGGAGGACAUGAUCAUGCUGAGUUGCUGGAUUGUGGCGGAGGCUGAGCAUCGGUUGCGGUAUAAGAUUUUUGACGUCCUGCAGGAGAUAGGUGAGAAUGCUGGAGGGUGAGCUUCAGGUAUGGGAGCUGUCGAGUCUGUUCCUCGAGGCGAAACAGUAGGUUUGUGCGGGUUCUUAUCGUGUUAUCCGAAGGAUUGUCAGCAUUUCUAUAGAAUAGGGAUCUUUUGUUUUUUAUUAUGUGGGAUGUGGUAUGACAGUGGGCGGUUUCUUUUUAAAAUCCUUUACUAAGAGUGGUAAUAAAGGCUUGUUACAGCAUGAAGGCUACACAAUCGUCUCCUAGCAGUCUCGCACUAUCAGAUAUCAUCGAUUAGUGUUGCCAUAUUUAACAUCCGAUUUGAUACUUCUUCAAUACGUCAGAUUAUACACAUGUAGAACCUUGGAAAAAGUGGUUACUCGUCCACUUUUUUCGUAUCGGUCGAUAUUCAGGAGUGCUCUCCACCAACUUACAUAGAAAAUACCCCCAGCAAUGAUCCUUUUAGUAUAGAGUCUGUGGUUUAAAAGGCAGGAUGAUGGGAUUGUAGUAUGUGUUCACUUAUGAGCUUCGUCAGGGCGC